UUAGCUUCUCUCUCCUGGGAAAAUCUAUCGCCCAGCUCUUUUGCGCUAUGGAACUUACGGUUGGUUCGAUUCUUCACUUAUGAUUGAAUUUCUUGGUGUUUCUAGGUCGGAUUUCUCCUCUAGUUCCAAUUCUAUGCUUGGAUUUGGAAUUACAAUGAUGAUUGACGGCCAGAAAACCCAGAUUUGAACUAUUGCAGUGCGUCUAAUUACUGUUCACGCUACGACGGAUUUUAGUUCGAUUUGAGUUUUUCUUUCAUGUCUUUUGGAUAAUUCUGAGUCGAAAUCCACAUCUGACUGCAUUUCCGACCUUGGAUAUGUUCUUGGAAUGAUGAUUUUUGAACAGAAAAUUCAGUAACGAACUGGUACAGGGCUUUGUGUGAUUUGUAUCUGUUUGUUGUUUUUCUGUAAUUGGAGUGUUGUUUGGGCUCGCCGUCUGGUGGUGUAGCGUUGUAACCUUUGUGUGGAAGUUGGGGGGAGCUGACUCUACGGCUGGGGUUUCCUCAACAUAAAGCUGCGCUAUUCUUUAAGCCACAUCUUCUGACCAUGGCGAGGAAAAAACAGGGUGGGGCUGCGAUUGAACAACCUGCUACUAUUGAUGUUCCCAAAGGUUUGUGCUUUUUCAAGGAACAGAUGAGGAAUUUCCAGAGCUUAUUUCUGCUGUCAAUAGGCCUGGGAUUGAACAACCUGCUACUAUUGAUGUUCCUGUGCUACAAGCUGAAGAAAUUGGAAUUCCAACAGAGCUUCCUGGGAUUCUGGCAGUUCAAGAUGUGGGAAAUACUUUGAAGGUUGACAAAACUCUAGCUGUAGAAACUGCUGGGAAUCUGCCAGCAGGUAGUGUAAUGCUGAAAACAAGUGCUUCAAGUACUGUUACUCCCAAGAAAGCAGGACAACCGGCUACUACUGCUGCUAUGAAACCUGGGCAUUAAACUGCUGCAAAUUUGGCAGGUCCUCCUGGGACUGUUACCCCUAAGGCACCUUUGCCUGGUGGGAAAGCGCAAGCCCCUGCUAUUCCAGUGAGAGCAGUCCUCUCUGCUCCAGCAGGUGAAAUGGAUUUGAACCCAGUAACCAAUGAGACUGGGAAAAUCACGCCUAUUGAUCUGCCUGGCCAGAAAUCUGGGAAGUCUGAUGUUGGAAAAAUUAAUGACAGUACUUUGGAAGAUAGCCCUAAACCAUGGAAAUCUUUAUUCAAAGACAACCGUGACCCAACACGAGGCAUUAAACUGAAAUAUGUUCCACCUAAAGGUGAAACAUUGGAUUCUGUUGAUCGGGCUUUACCUUCUAUGAUUGAAAUGUGGGGUUUUUGUCUUGUUGGACACUUCACAGGGGCAUUUCCCGGACUUAAAGCGGUACAUGAAUUGAAGGCAAUAUGGGGUGUGAAGUGCCGUGUGACAUCCCAUGAAAAGGGUUGGGUUAUCAUUAAGUUCCAAAAUGAAGAAGAUAGAGCAAAGGUGCUACAUGAGGGACCUUAUACGGUUUUUGGAAGACUUCUCAUGCUAAAGGAACUUUCGGAAGAUUUCACAUUUGAAGAUGCGGAAUUUCUUAAGGUACCAAUUUGGGUGAAGUUCCAGAAACUACCAAUGAAACUAUGGAAUGAUGUGGCUAUGAGUGAGGUGGAAUCUAUGGUUGGGGUACCUAUAACAACGGAUAAGGUUACUCAAGAAAGGACAAAUAAUGACUAUGCUAGAGUUUUAAUAGAAGUUGACAUUUCGAAGCCGCCACCGCUAUCAUUUCCUAUACGACUACCUUCCCGUAAGGUAUUCAAACAAUAUGUGCUAUAUGAAACUUUUCCUAGUUUUUUCUUUCAUUGCAAAGAAUAUGGGCACCACCCAUUUAUUUGUAAAGAAUUAGCAAAACGUGGUGAUGGGGAGAGUGGUGAUAAAGGGAAAAUGUAAGGAAUAAUUGUAUUUAGAUUUUGAUGAUGCUAUAUUAAUUAGGACUGUAGAGUACCCCUUUAGAAAUUAUGUAUUAGAAUUUUCCCUUGUAAAGUUCUUAGCAUAUUCGACUAUCAGAAGGCCUCUCUACCAGAAGUCCUCCAGACAGAAGAUCUUGGUUCUCUGUCUAGGAAGAGAAAACAUCAGGGUCUCUGUUACCCUUUAGCUUGACAGAAACCCUCCUUGUUCUCUGUAAGCUACCAACAACAGAAGUGCUCAAGAUCUUCUCUGAAUCAGUUCUCUGCCAAUGACACCAGAAGGUCUGACACUUGGAAGAAAUCCACAAAACCGGGAAGUCAACUUAAAGAUUCCUUCAACGGCUAGGAGUAUGAAACGGAAAAGCUACAGUGCUCGCAUUAAAUGCUCAUUUAAUGCUCCCCAUGCUCCGUGGAGUAAUUGCAGAUGAUUGGCCGCAAUGUCAGGAUUACUUUAUCCCAAAAUAGUAACCCGCCAACUUUACCGGGUCCUACUGGUCAAGUCAACUGCUCGCGCAUUAAAUGCAGUUGUCCUCCUACUCCUCCAACGGGAAGACAACCUCAGUAUAAAAGAUACACUACGAAGAACAACCGGAUAACUUUGCUACAACUUUGAUAUAACUUUGCCAAGAUAACAUUGCAACUUUUGCUAACCACAAGCAAGAUAUUCAAACUGUGAAAAGCAAAAAGCCUCCUUGAGAUUCAAACUCAUUAUCCUCUACAAGAGAAGGCAGAAGUUGGAAAAAUACUCUUUCCAACUCAAGCAAAGUUCCAAGACUUCUUCAACUCUUCAAGAUCAUCACAUACAAAUCUUUUGUAACGAAGCUAGUUGGAGGAACCCCUGUUUCAACAGAAACUCUUCUUGCUACAAGAAGGACGUCCGAAUAACUGGAGUAGUGAAGUGGUGAUACUUCAAGGAAACUCAGUGAAAGGACCAGUGUUAAAGGAAGCCAGGCAGUGCAUCCCAGGACACAUCUAGGCUUGAAGAAGACGUGGAGUGCUUCUUAAGUACUAGGACUAAGGCUUUGUAAACGGCAGUUUUUACAGCUUAGUGGAACAGUGGAUUAGAGGAACGAGUUGUUCCUUGAACCACUAUAAAAAUCCCUGGUGUCGUUUACUUACUGCUUCUAUUACUUGCACUUAGAUAGAACUGUUUAACUCCUUGGACUUGGUAUCUGUGUUCAGUAGAACUUGUUCUACGAGUUAAC